AUGAAGGUGUCGCUCCUGCUCGCGCUCGCCUGCAUGGCCGUCCUGGCGGCGGGAGCAAGGGCCGAGGCGCGGGAGGCGGAGGCGCUGGUGAGGAGGGUGCAGGAAUACGCCCAGAAAGCCACGGCCAUGGCCAAGACCGCCUUCAGCACGGUGCAGGAGUCGGAGGCGGCUCAGCAGGCCAGGCAAUGGCUGGCAGACAACGCCAACCUGGUGAAGCAGCGGCUGGCCUGGCUGAAGGAGCAGCUGGCGGAGCUCUGGAAGCGGACGCUGGCCGCGUAA